AUGGUUGCAGCAUCUCCAACAGCAAUCAAGAUGGUUACAGCAUCUCCAACAGCAACCAAGAUGGUUACAGCAUCUCCAACAGCAACCAAGAUGGUUACAGCAUCUCCAACAGCAACCAAGAUGGUUACAGCAUCUCCAACAGCAAUCAAGAUGGGUUACAGCAUCUCCAACAGCAAUCAAGAUGGUUGCAGCAUCUCCAACAGCUAUCAAGAUGGUUACAGUAUCUCCAACAGCAAUCAAGAUGGUUACAGCAUCUCCAACAGCAAUCAAGAUGGUUACAGUCAUCUCCAACAGCAAUCAAGAUGGUUACAGCAUCUCCAACAGCAAUCAAGAUGGUUACAUCAUCUCCAACAGCAAUCAAGGUGGUUACAGCAUCUCCAACAGCAAUCAAGAUGGUUACAGCAGCUCCAACAGCAUGUCAAGGCUGCCGCAGAAGCCCCAACAGCUAUCAAGAUGGUUGCAGCAUCUCCAACAGCUAUCAAGAUGGUUGCGCAUCUCCAACAGCUAUCAAGUGGCGCCAUCUCCACGCUAUCAAGAUGGUUGCAGCAUCUCCAACAGCUAUCAAGAUGGUUGCAGCAGCUCCAACAGCUAUCAAGAUGGUUGCAGCAGCUCCAACAGCUAUCAAGAUGGUUGCAGCAUCUCCAACAGCUAUCAAGAUGGUUGCAGCAUCUCCAACAGCUAUCAAGAUGGUUGCAGCAUCUCCAACAGCAAGUCAAGAUGGUUGCAGUAGCUCCAACAGCUAUCAAGAUGGUUGCAGCAUCUCCAACACCAAGUCAAGAUGGUUGCAGCAUCUCCAACACCAAGUCAAGAUGGCUGCAGCAUCUCCAACAGCUAUCAAGAUUGUUACAGCAUCUCCAACACCAAGUCAAGAUGGCUGCAGUAGCUCCAACAGCUAUCAAGAUGGUUGCAACAUCUCCAACACCAAGUCAAGAUGGUUGCAGUAGCUCCAACAGCUAUCAAGAUGGUUGCAGCAGCUCCAACAGCUAUCAAGAUGGUUGCAGCAUCUCCAACACCAAGUCAAGAUGGCUGCAGUAG